CCAGCCAAGCCAAGCCAAGGCGACAACGUUGAUGCAAAUGCAAGCGCAAGCUGUGCGGCCGCAAUAAUACCACCACAGCACACCACACGGAACCGAAAUUUUAGGUGCACGCCCUCCUCCCCCCUCCCCUUCCCAAUCCCCAAACCAGGGCCGAAAAUCGCAUCGCGCCGCGCCGCGCCGCCACCAGACGCCGGGUUUGGCGGGUUGGGGCGCUCCCGUGGCCGCCGUUGCUGUUGCCGCGUGUCCGCCCUGGCGGUGGCGGUUGCAUGUAUGCGGGAGGGGAGAGCCAAUGGUGGGGUCGACGGAGAGAGAGGCGGCGCUGAUGCCGCCGCCGGUCUCGUGGGCGCGCUUCGGCGGCAGAGGCCGGGCCAGUCCCACCCGUCCUCGUCCGGCUCGGCCGCGUCGGCGGAAGGGGGAGCCAAGAAGCAGGGGAGGCGCAAGAGCAAGCGGCGGGAGCAGGUCGUGAGGGCGAUUCGGGACCGGCUGCCUCCCCCGCCCGCUUGCUGGGGCAACGUCUCGGUGGUCCAGGAGAGGAGGGGCCGGAGGGAGAGGCCUGACGAUCACGGCCGCGGCGACGCCGUCCGCGGCGAGGAGGAGGGGCGCUCUGGCGCGGGAACCGCCGCGUUGCCGGCGUGGUGCUGCCUGUGCCCCGAAGGGGACUGCUCGCUGGAGCCCAACCCGAGCGCCAACGGCAAGGAGGACCCCGGCCUCCGCUCCCUCAUCGAGCGCAACGACUUCUACUCCGACGACUGUAACCCGCACGCCGCCGCCGCCGCCGCCGCCGCCGAAGAGGACGACGACGACGACGCAAGCCCCGCCGCCGAUUUUGAUUAGGUGCCCGUCGAUCCGCCGUUCGUUACUGCACAUUGCUGUACAAAAAAUUUUACAUCCGGAAAAAGAAGGUAUACACAGGUUUAUUUUUUCCUCGUGUUGCGUGGCGUCCGGUCGAGUUCACCUUCCCCGUGCUUCUUCCACCGUCGGCAUGUAAAGCAUCUACCGCGUGAGAGCCAUCGGACACGGUGGUGCCAAAAGGAAACGACGGGCGAUGGAUUCUCCCUCGUCUUUUGCA